AUUACCAGUAGCAUUGAAGUCUUCACAAGCACAACAUGAAACUGAAAGUAUACAUUCUAGGUGCUCUCGUCCUUGUGUUGACAGUAAACGCGCAAUCAGAAGAAUGCGAACUUGCUGAUGGUUCUACUGGUGAUUGCGUUUUGGCAUCGAAAUGUCCAUCUGCGGUGGAUUUGAUCAGGAGCGGCCAGAAGCCGAAGAUUUGCGGAUUCCAGGGUUUGGAUUCUAUGGUUUGCUGCGAUAAAUCUAGUACGGUUUUAAGGAAGAGUCUGAAAUUUUGCGAUGAAUCGCAGAUUCAGAAACCAACAUUUGUGGAUCCUGGUAGCAACGUGCAACAUGCUGUGGGAAGUGUUAACGCUUUACCUAGGGAAUUUCUUCAUAUGGCCAGUUUGGGUUAUGGAUUAGACGUCGAUAACGCCGUUUGGGCGUGCGGUGGAAGUCUGAUUAGUAAGAAAUUCGUCUUAACAGCGGCGCACUGUAUAUCUAGCAAAGGGUUAGGCAACGUGAAAUUUGUAAGAUUAGGUGAUCUGAAUUUGAAGUUGUACAACGAAGCGGCAGAACCACAGGACUUUCGUGUGGUCAGGACAAUUAAACACCCGGAUUAUAGAAUGCCAUCAAAAUACCAUGACAUAGCUUUGAUCGAAUUGGAUCGCAACAUACGUCUGUCCGCGUACGUAAGACCAGCAUGUCUGUACACGGAGAAGGAAAGCUCGAAUCUUUCAUACAUUGCGACGGGUUGGGGAAAUCUGGGCUUCAACGGUGAACCUGCCGUCCAUCUGCAGAAAUUGUAUAUACAGCAAAAGAACAUCGACGAAUGCAAGAAGUUCUUCGAGGUGAACGCUCGUAGUCUAAGCAAAGGCAUCAUAGAAGACAUGCACAUUUGCGCUGGAGAUAUUAACAAAGACACCUGUCAGGGCGAUUCCGGAGGACCGCUCCAACAGAGGAAUAUCAAAUACAUAGAUUCUUGGAAUAUUCAUGGAAUCGUUUCGUUCGGAAAGCCUUGCGGCUUGAGCAAAGCACCUGGAGUUUACAUCAGAGUUUCCAAUUACAUCGAUUGGAUUGAAUCAGUUGCCAGUUUGGGUUAUGGAACUGACGUCGAUAACGUCGUUUGGGCGUGCGGUGGAAGUCUGAUCAGUAAGAAAUUUGUCUUAACAGCGGCGCACUGUGUAUCCAGCAGAGACAUAGGCAACGUAAAAUUUGUUAGAUUAGGUGAUCUGAAUUUAAAGUUGUACAACGAAUCGGCAGAGCCACAGGACUUCCGUGUUGUCAGAACAAUCAAACAUCCGGAUUAUAGAAUACCUUCUAAAUACCAUGACAUAGCUUUGGUCGAAUUGGAUCGCAAAGUACGUCUUUCCCCGUACGUAAAACCAGCAUGUUUGUACACGGAGAAGGAAAGCUCGAAUAAAUCAUUCAUUGCGACGGGUUGGGGAAAUCUGGGCUUCAACGGUGAACCGGCUGUACAUCUGCAGAAAUUGUACAUACAGCAAAAGAACAUCGAUGAAUGCAAGAAGUACUUCGAGGCGAACACUCGUAGUCUAAGCAAAGGCAUCAUAGAAGACAUGCACAUUUGCGCUGGAGAUAUUAACAAAGACACCUGUCAGGGCGAUUCCGGAGGUCCGCUCCAACAGAGGAACCACAAAUACUUUGAUUCUUGGAACAUUCACGGAAUCGUUUCGUUCGGAAAACCUUGCGGCUUGAGCAAAGCACCUGGCGUUUACAUCAGAUUUGGGAUUUUCGAAGCGCAGGAAUCCCCUUCCGCGGUACCACAUAAAAAAAAAGAACAACUCGACCUAUCCCUGUAUAAUUUCCAGUUGCAUCGAAGUCUUCACAAACAUAACAUGAAACUAAAAGUAUACAUCCUAGGCGUGCUCGUCCUUCUGCUGCGAGUACACGCGCAAUCAGAUGAGUGCCAACUUCCCAAUGGUUCUUCUGGUGAUUGCGUUUUGGCGACGAAAUGUCCAUCCGCGUUGGAUCUGAUCAGGAGAGGGCAGAGGCCGAAGAUUUGCGGGUUCAAGGGUCUGGAUUCUAUGGUAUGUUGCGAUAAGUCCAGUACCGUUUUAAGGAAGAGUCUGAAAUUUUGCGAUGAAACGCAGAUGAAACCAAAUAUUCUGGAUCGUGUUAUCAACGCUGGGCACGCUAUCGGAAGUGUUAACGCUUUACCUAGAGAGUUUCUUCAUAUGGCCAGUUUGGGUUAUGGAACUGACGUUAAUAACGCUGAUUGGGCGUGCGGUGGAAGUCUGAUCAGUAACAAAUUUGUUUUAACAGCGGCGCACUGUAUAUACAACAGAGACUUAGGCAACGUGAAAUUUGUAAGAUUAGGUGAUCUGAAUUUGAAGCUGUACAACGAAGCGGCAGAGCCACAGGACUUCCGUGUCGUCAGGACAAUCACACACCCGGAUUAUAGAAUACCAUCAAAAUACCAUGACAUAGCUUUGAUCGAAUUGGAUCGCAACAUACGUCUUUCCGCGUACGUAAGACCGGCAUGUCUGUACACAGAGAAGGAAAGCUCGGAUCCGUCAUUCAUUGCGACUGGUUGGGGAAACCUAGGUUUUAAUGGUGAUCCGGCCGUCCAUCUGCAGAAAUUGUACAUACAGCGAGUGAACACCGGCGAAUGCAAGAAGUUCUUCGAGGCGAACGCUCGUACUUUAAGUAGAGGAAUCAUAGAAGACAUGCACAUUUGCGCCGGAGAUAUUAACAAAGACACCUGUCAGGGCGAUUCCGGAGGUCCGCUUCAACAGACGAACGACAAAUACUUGGAUUGUUGGAACAUCCACGGAAUCGUUUCGUUCGGAAAGCCUUGCGGCUUGAGCAAAGCACCAGGCGUUUACAUCAGAGUUUCCUAUUACAUCGAUUGGAUUGAAUCAGUUGUAUGGCCCAACUGAAAAUGUGACUACUUUCACGUGACAUUGACGUAACUUGUAUAUUUUCAUUUACUUU